CAGGACACGUGCGACAUGCAGAACCCGAUCAGCCACAGCUGCCGGGUGGACUCACGGUCUGCAGGCCCUCAGGCUCUGGGAUUUUCUCGGCCUGACCUUUGCCCUCCCUCCUGUUCCUGUUUGCUGCAGCAACCAGGGGAGGAGCAGCCACCAGCUCCAGUCCCAAGGCGCAUCUGCACUGCUGCCCACCUGCCCACCACCUGCAGUCUCCCCUGGGCAGGGCACUCCUGACCCGACAGCCCCCGGAGUGAGUGCCUGCUGCUCUCGAAACAAACCCAGGAGAAUCCAAGCUGUCCUCGCUGCCUCUUCCUGAGCCCUCCCCUCCUUGGCUGUCCAGAGGAUGACAAGCCUGCCUGGCUGGGGAACCCAAGACCCUCAAGCCACUCAGCAUUGCUACCUCAAGGGCCUGGGCAGGAAGGGGUGGGCCCCGGGAGGCGGGUGUGGACUCCAGCCCUGGUGGCCCUACCUCUGGUUUGGAAUGGGCCUUGGGUGAUUGAGGGUGGCCUGGCAGGAAAGAACUGUCUGGGGGCAGAGGCCCAGGUGAGCACGGCGGUGCUGGCCCCAGCCUGAGCAGACACACCUGACAGCAGGCCUGGGUGGCUUUCUCUCCUCACCAGGGCUGCCUCCUGUCCCACUGGCCACCUGGCCAUUCCUGCAGGGAGUAGCCGAGCCUCCUGCCCAGCCCAGGAGGAGCUCCCCCAGCAGGAGGGCAGGCCUGGCAGCAAGUCUUUACCAGCCAAGGUCACUCUCGAGUCCUCCUCACCCAGGGCCCUGAAGUCCUGGGGGAAGCGAGGGGAGCAUAGGAGCCAGAGGCAGUGGGGAUGGUGGCCAGCAGCAGAUGUGGGUGCCUUUUGUUGGGUGCAGCACUGUCCUAGGCACACUAUUCUCAUUGCCAGUCCUCCACAGAACCUUCUGGAGUGAUGUCAGUAUCUCCAUUUCACAAAUGAGAGAAACUGAAGCACUGAGAGGAAGUGACUUGCCCAGGUUCGCACAUAAGAGCGGCACCUGGGAUUCCAGUCAGCUCCCAGGGCUCCAGAGCCCUUCUGUACCUCUGCCCCUGCUGAGCCUGGGCCUGUAGAUGGUGGGAGCCAGACUGGAAGACUGAGUCCUGGAAAGGGAAAGUCAGUCACCAGGGGCACAUCAGGGAUGGGUGAGGCAGGGGCGGUGUUGCCCAUGUACCCCAUGCCAGGGACUUCCCAGUCACUUGCCCCCCUGCCCAGGGCUCUGCCAAAGCUGGACAGGCUAAACUAGAGGCAAGGCAGGGGUACCGGCCCUUUGCCCAGGACCACAGGGAGGCCAGGAGGAGAUGCCUGGGCUGGCUGGCACCUUCUCCCUACCCUCGCUCUCCUUCCAGUCCCAAGUGACCUUUCCCCCAGAUCCCAGGGUGCAGGCCCGCCCUUUGCUGGAAGGUGUGGUGACAGAGGCAGCUGGGAUUGGUCACAGCCGGUGGAGGCGUGUCAAAGGCUCCGACAGACCCCUGGAGAAGCUGAGCAGAGCAGGUGGACUCCUGAGAUAGACCAGGGCCUCCAGGCAGCCACGGGCCUGUCAGACCAGGACGCUUGCCCUCUAGACAUGGCCUCGGGCCUCGGCAAACCCCAGCCCCAUGGCCCUGUGAGGUUACAGACAGCCUAAACGCCACCACCACAGGGCCUGUGCCAUGCCCCUGACCCGGGCACAGAAGGCCACUGGCCCAGAGGCCGGGGAGACAGUGCCCCCAGCAGUGGACCUGGUGUUGGGUGCCUCGGCCUGCUGCCUGGCCUGUGUCUUCACCAACCCCCUGGAGGUGGUGAAGACGCGGCUGCAAUUGCAGGGGGAGCUGCAAGCCCGGGGAACCUACCCACGGCCCUACCGGGGCUUCAUGGCCUCUGUGGCUGCCGUGGCCCGAGCAGACGGGCUGUGGGGCCUGCAGAAGGGGCUGGCUGCCGGCCUGCUGUACCAAGGCCUCAUGAACAGCGUCCGUUUCUACUGCUACAGCCUGGCAUGCCAGGCUGGCCUCACGCAGCAGCCAGGUGGCAUUGUGGUUGCGGGAGCCGUGGCAGGGGCCCUAGGAGCCUUCGUGGGGAGCCCUGCUUACCUGAUCAAAACACAGCUGCAAGCCCAGACAGUGGCUGAGAUGGCCGUGGGACACCAGCACAAUCACCAGACCCUCCUGGGUGCCUUGGAGACCAUCUGGCGGCAGCAGGGUCUGGUCGGGCUGUGGCAGGGCGUGGGUGGGGCUGUGCCCCGAGUCAUGGUGGGCUCAGCUGCCCAGCUGGCCACCUUCGCCUCUGCCAAGGCCUGGGUGCAGGAACAACAGUGGCUCCCGGCAGACAGCUGGCUGGUGGCCCUGGCUGGGGGCAUGAUCAGCAGCAUAGCCGUGGUUGUCGUCAUGACCCCCUUCGAUGUGGCCAGCACGCGGCUAUACAAUCAGCCAGUGGACAGAGCUGGCAGGGGCCAGCUGUAUGGGGGCCUCACCAACUGCAUGGUGAAGAUCUGGCAGCAGGAGGGCCCCCUGGCACUCUACAAAGGCCUGGGCCCCGCCUACCUGCGCCUGGGCCCCCACACCAUCCUCAGCAUGCUCUUCUGGGACGAGCUUCGGAAAUUGGCUGGGCGGGCCCAGCACCAGGGCACCUAGGCGGCGGCCCUCAUCCCCAUGUCCUGACAUGGCCUGGCACUUGGCCAGAAGUGAGGGCCUGCCCUGGCACGACCGGCUGUCCCAGGAGGGACCACAGGCCCAGGCCCUGCCACAGACCCCAGGAGAGUGUGGAGCAGCUCUGGCACCCAGCCCAUGGCCCACCCAGGGCCAGAACAUCCACUUCAAGUUACCACCCAUUCUGUCUUCCAGAGAGUUCUCUUCCUUCUCUGCACUGGGUCUCCGCAUCCCAGAGCCUUACUCAGUCAUAACAACUGCCGCAGGCAUGCACACAGCAUGGGCCCAGGGACUUACAUCCAUCAGCUCACUCAGGCCUCAGAAAGCAGCUCAAGGCAGACAUUUUGCCCUCUUUUAUCAUCAGAAAGCAGAGGCUGAGAGCAGUGAUGUGGCUUUGACCACAGCCACAUGACUUUGAAGUACAGAGCCAGGACUGGAACUUAGCCCUGCUUACCCCAGACCUAUGCACUUGACAAGUGUGUGACUGUGCCAGGCCCGUGGGCCGGGACUGCCCUGAGGGAUCACUGUGUAUGGCGAGAGCUGGGAUGCACCCGGAGCCUGCACUGUUGUCACCUGCCUCAUUUGCUGGGGCAGCCGUAACAAAGAACCACAGACUGGGUGACGUAGACUAGAGAAAUCUAUUUUCUCACAGUUCUGGAGGCUGGAUGCUCGAGACCAAGGUAUCAGCGGGCUGGUUUCAUCUGAGGCCUCUCCCCAUGACUUGCAGAUGCCGCCUUCUCCCUGUGUCUGCACGUGGUGGUCCCUUGUGUGGGUGUGAGUCCGGGUCCUGAUCUCCUCCUAUUUUUUUUGUUGUUAUUGUUGUUACAGAGUCUCUCUGUUGCCCGGGCUGGA